ACAGUGACAUAUUUGUUGAGUACGGUUAGCCCUGUUGUCACUGCCAUCAUACUCUGGGGAGGGUAGAGAUCUAGAAGGGAACAACAUGGCCUCUCUGGCAAGGCUGCUGUGUUUCACCCUGCUGAGCGCCAUCGCGACGUAUGUGGAAGGACAAGAUAUAAGCCCGGUUGGAACCACCCUUGACCCAGAGGUGGCGGCUAAGAUCGCUAACAGCCUGCCGUCCAUGAACAACCUGUACGUGGCGCUGAUCGCAACAGGGUCGUUCCUGGUCCUCGCAGUCACAGUCAUACUCAUCAACCACUUCAGAUUCGAGAGUCGACAAGCACGGAAGGCCAGAGCCGGAGGGACGAUCCAAGACGACGUCCCGACGACUGCGACCGAGGAGCCCCAACAUGUAUACGACAAUGUCGGCAUGGUCAACGAGCGCAACACGCCGGUAGAGGUCACCCAACUGUAGACGAACAUGGAACUUCAUUGAAGACUUAGUCUUACAUACAUAUAUAGUACAUCAUAGAAACUAUUGUUAAAGUGACAAAACAUAGCCGGAAUGACACACAAACUUUCAUCUCGUUUCAUAAUUUGCAACACGUAGCUUGUGUUUUCGUAAUUUUUAAUUGCCGCUGACAAUUCAGAGUAUCACUUCACUUCAUUAUCAAUGUCUUCAACGCUUGAUUCAAACAAAUUAAAGUAGAGUCGUAAAUUCGUAUUUCGUGUCCAUGUGGGCAGGCUACCGAAUACGUGUAUAUUAUAUGUAAAGUCUUCAUCCACUAGCACUUCUGUGGACAAACAUUGUCAAUGGCAAGAGUGUUUUUUUUAAAGUCAUAUUAUGGGCAAUUAAAACUGCAGAAGAAAAUUUCCCUUACACGAUGCAGCCUGAGAAGGGCUACACAGACCUGCAUUGCGACAAAACACGUAUCAAACGCGAAAAAUAGACGAGUAUUUUGUCAAUGUAACAAUAGUUGUACUACAAUCAAUGUACAUUGUCGUCAUUAAGCGGAAAAUCAAACCAAUUCUAACCUAACGAAAGGAUCUGUUGAAAUAUUUAAUGGUUGAUAAUAGAGUACAAUAAGCAUGCAA